UUAAAAAUUGUUUUUGAAUGCAUGGCACCUAGAAAUUUGAAUUUGAGUAAACUUUAUUUUAAAGUGUUACAUACCAAGUGAUCUCCGAUAAACCACAUUGAUGGAACAAGCAACCGCAUAACAUAAAUAACAUAUGUACAUUGUAACUAAAAUCACUUUUAUAUGAGCAUUUUUAUAAUUAUAAAUACAAAAGAAUAAUUGUUAAAAAUUAAAAAUAUACGAAUAUAUAUAGUCGAUCUAUUUUUAGUUAUACGAAUAAAUAUGAGCAAAUGACUUCAUUCAGAAUAGAAGAACGUGAAUGUGAAUACUUAAAUUUAGUUAUAAUCAACAAUUAAACAAAAAUCAAAAUACAAAACCGCAAGAACCGAGAGUGAAAUUGGCCCAUUGAGAGCGAGACUGUGAAAAGGUUUUUAACAACAUCUACGGGUUGUUUAAAGUGAAGUUUCCAGCAAGAAUCGUUCAUCCGAUCAGGUGUUUGAUAUCUUGUGGUGCAUCCCAGGUGUUUGAUAAAAUGCCAAGCCCAAAAUUUCCAUAUGGCAGUUUCUUCAGCCAUACAAAAGCAAUAUGGAGGUCAGCGGCUAUGUCUACUCACGUUCGACAGCUUGGUCCCAUAAGAACCAUUCGUACUCAAACCCUUCUUCACAGCCAUAGCACCAUCAUCCAAGAGAGAACACCCUUCCAGAACCACUCAACCGAAACUGAAACCAUAUCCAAGCGCCAGAUAGGCGAUAACAUUUCAAGAAACGAAAAGAUCAAAUUUUUGCUCAAAAUCUUGAUGGAUCUUGACAACAGUAAAGAAUCAGUAUACAAUGCUCUUGACGCAUGGGUAGCAUGGGAACAAGAUUUCCCAGUUGGGCCUCUGAGAAGGGCAUUGAUUGCUCUUGAGAAAGAACACCAAUGGCAUAGAGUUAUUCAUGUUAUUAAAUGGAUGUUGAGCAAAGGUCAAGGGACAACAAUGGGGACAUACGGGCAGUUAGUUCGGGCACUAGAUAUGGAUCAUAGGGCAGAGGAAGCUCAUGAGAUUUGGGUCAAGAAACUUGCGGUUGACUUGCAUUCGGUGCCUUGGCAACUAUGCCACCAGAUGAUAGCGGUGUACUACAGGAACAAUAUGUUAGAGCGGUUAGUUAAGCUUUUUAAGGGAUUGGAAGCGUUUGAUAGGAAGCCGAGGGAUAAAAAGAUAGUGAAGAAAGUUGCUGAUGCGUAUGAGAUUUUAGGGUUGAUUAAAGAGAAAGAAAGAGUGUUGGAGAAAUAUAAAAAUUUGUUUGACGAGACACCAUCUUCCAAGAAAUCGCUAAAAAGGUAGGAAAAGACAUAACAUAUUGUGUUCAUUCCCAUGUAACUGGUUUUUAGCCGUGAAGACCAGUAUAACCUUAUUUUGUAGAUAAUUUUGUAUCUCUGUUCUUCACAAAAGUUUAUGUAUUUUGCAUUAACAUAUCUACAUUAAAUUUGUCUGGUUAUAACU